AAAAAAGAAGAAAAAAAAACCCGAGACGACGUCGUUCAGGUAGUUUUAUUUUCUUCUUCUUCUUUCCAUAUCAAGAUACCCUUGUUCUUACCCAAAAGCAACCCCAAAGUUUUUUUCUGACCCGACCAAAAAGAAUGUCUUCUCAUUCUCUCUUUUCCUCUGCUACUACAUGCUCCCAUCAUCAUUCCUUCAACAAACCCGACCCGUUUUCUUCAAUUUCCCAAAUACCCACACAAAACUUACAGUCUCAGUGGUUAGGUGUAGUAACCAAAUUCCCCCUUAAACACUCCCAUACCCGACCCCGUCUUCCCAAGACCCGACCCGUUUCCGCCAACGUCACUUUCAGCCUCCCAACUGCGAAUCCAGAGAGGAUUAAUUCAACUGAUAAAGUUCCCAAAUGGUCGUUGAAAGGAAUAAAGUCGUUUGCAAUGGGGGAAUUGGAGGCGAGAAAGCUCAAGUUUUCGAUUACUGGUACUGAAGCUAUACUUAUGGGGAUUUUGGUUGAAGGAACAAAUCGGGCUUCAAAACUUUUGCGUGCAAACGGGUUUACACUUGGCAAAGUGCGCGAAGAGGCCAUCAAAUUGAUUGGAAAACCCGACUACUUCUAUUUCAGUCCCGAACAUCCUCCUCUAACCGAAUCGGCUCAAAAAGCCCUUGAUUGGGCCGUCGAUGAGAAACUCAAAUCAGGUGAUGAUGGGGAAAUUACAACGUCUCACCUGCUUCUCGGCGUAUGGUCUGAAAAGGAAGGAGCGGGAUACAAAAUAAUGGCUACGCUCGGUUUUAACGACGAGAAAGCCCAAGAACUUCACGCUUUGAUUUCAAAACCAGGGUUUGUUGAAGAUUAACCGCUUCAUUAGCAUGCAUUGUUUCGCUCAUAAACUCUUUUCUUCCUAACCGUUUAAAUCCGGUAAAUGUUGUGAUAAUUUGAUUUAUGUUAUCUUUAUACCAUUUUUUUAAUAAUUAGAAUCUUGUUCUUGUUUCUUUGUUCAAA